GAGGGCAUGUUGGAGCGUUACGCGCUGUGCAACUUCUCUAUCAAUAAUACUGAUGGAAAUCAUCAUAAUAAGGAUGCUAUCAUGCAAAUCCCUACUUCCCUCUCCGGCCCCUUACAAGUACCGUCCGAUCGUAUCGCUACCGAUAUCCUUCCAAGGUCAUUCAGUUGCCCCGUCCCCAGCUGCUCUUCGGUUCUAGCUGGGAAAGUUCCCCAAAGAUCCCUCAUGAGACACCUCAGGCAACCGGGACUCGGAAGGCGCAUAGGUGAAGAGAAGACCGUUUGGGUCAAUCUUCACAAGAUCGAGCAUGAUAAACUCAUAGCAACACGAGGUGCAUCCUAUCUUUGACAAGCCUACAGCUGAGAAGCUGUUUGAAGGGCGUAAAGCAAGCUAACAGAUUUGGUACAGCCAAAGCGGCAAAAUCGAAAUCUAGGAAGAAGAAACUAGAGGAACAAAAAAUAUCGAGGGCCUCCGCGUUUAGGCUAUGUGCUGGAAGGAUGGGAAUCACAGACAUGACAAUGAUUGCAGAGAAGCUAGAAAUCUGGGAGGGGAUAUGGGCAGACGGGGAGAAUGAUGAUAGUAUCGGUGUCAGUAUUCCCUGUUUUACCUUUCAAAGCUGAUGUGGAGCCCCCGCUGACAGAAAGACAAAUUGAUUGAAGUACUAUGCUUGGGUUCUCCUAGACCUCUUUACCAACCCCUGAGCAGUCUCCACUCAUGUUGGUACCCACAGAACCUGUGUUAUGAAUUUCAUUGAUGUGUUUUAGUCAUUCUUUUUUACCAUAUCUACUCAUUCCCAAAGAACAAUUUAUGCUGAGGGAACAUAC